CCAUAGAAACACAUCACAAAAACAAAAACAAAUAGCUAACUGAAGAAGAAGAAGAAGCAGUAGUGAUGCAUAUCACAAAACCACACGCCGCCAUGUUUUCCAGCCCCGGAAUGGGCCAUGUCAUCCCGGUGAUCGAGCUCGCUAAGCGUCUCUCCGCUAAUCACGGCUUCCACGUCACCGUCUUCAUCCUCGAAACCGACGCAGCCUCCGCUCAGUCCAAGUUCCUAAACUCAACCGGCGUCGACAUCGUCAACCUUCCAUCGCCGGACAUUUCUGGUUUGGUGGACCCCGACGACCAUGUGGUGACCAAGAUCGGAGUCAUUAUGCGUGAAGCAGUUCCAGCCCUCCGAUCCAAGAUCGCUUCCAUGCAUCAAAAGCCAACGGCUCUGAUCAUUGACUUGUUUGGCACAGAUGCGUUAUGUCUCGGAACAGAAUUAAACAUGUUGACUUAUUUGUUCAUUGCUUCCAACGCGCGUUAUCUCGGAGUUUCGAUAUAUUAUCCAACUUUGGACAAAGAUAUGAAAGAAGAGCACACCGUGCAAAGAAAACCGCUCGCUGUACCGGGGUGUGAACCGGUGAAAUUCGAAGAUACUAUGGAUGCAUAUCUGGUUCCGGACGAACCGGUGUACCGGGAUUUGGUUCGUCACUGUCUGGCUUACCCAAAGGCUGAUGGAAUUUUGGUGAAUACAUGGGAAGAGAUGGAGCCCAAAUCAUUGAAGUCCCUUCAAGACCCAAAGCUUUUGGGCCGGGUCGCUCGUGCACCGGUUUAUCCGGUUGGUCCGUUAUGCAGACCGAUACAAUCAUCCAAGACCGAUCACCCGGUUUUUGAUUGGCUAAACGAACAACCAAACGAGUCCGUUCUCUACAUCUCCUUCGGGAGUGGUGGUUCUCUAACGGCUAAACAGUUAACUGAAUUGGCGUGGGGGCUCGAGCAGAGCCAGCAACGGUUCGUAUGGGUGGUUAGACCGCCGGUUGACGGCUCGUCUUGUAGUGAGUAUUUCUCGGCUAACGGCGGUGGAACCAAAGACAACACACCAGAGUAUCUACCGGAAGGGUUCGUGACUCGUACUUGCGAUAGAGGUUUCGUGAUCCCAUCAUGGGCACCGCAAGCUGAAAUCCUGGCCCAUCAGGCCGUUGGUGGGUUUUUGACCCAUUGUGGUUGGAGCUCGACGUUGGAAAGCGUCCUUGGCGGCGUUCCGAUGAUCGCAUGGCCGCUUUUCGCCGAGCAGAAUAUGAAUGCGGCGUUGCUUAGCGACGAACUGGGAAUCGCCGUCAGAGUGGAUGAUCCAAAAGAGGCGAUUUCUAGGUCGAAGAUUGAGGCGAUGGUGAGGAAGGUUAUGGCUGAGAAAGAAGGUGAGGAGAUGAGAAGGAAAGUGAAGAAGUUGAGAGACACGGCGGAGAUGUCACUGAGCAUUGACGGUGGUGGUUCGGCGCACGAGUCGCUUUGCAGAGUCACGAAGGAGUGUCAACGGUUUUUGGAACGUGUCAGGGAAUUGGCACGUGGUGCUUAGAAAUGGUUACCGUUUUGUACCUCUCUGGUGGAUGAAUUACGUGUCGUUUCUUAAUUAGUGUAUUUUCCAUUGUAAUAGAAUAAUCGAUGUUUUUGAUA